GUGAGGAGGAGUUGAUCAGUGUUGAUGUUGUCGUCCUCAGCUCCUCGUCCUGCUCGUUGGAUCAUAAAGACUCCACAGAUUCAACUGUCUCAGUCUGAAGGAGAAUCAACAGUCACCAAGACUUCAGCUCCUCUUCCUGUGGAGUCGUGAUGACACCAGAGGACCUCUUGAACACUCUGGAAGAUCUGGGAGAUGAGGAAUUCAGUAAAUUCAAGUGGUUCCUGCAGCAGCCUGACAGCCUGCAAGGCUUCCUGAGCAUCAGAAAGAGAGACCUGGAGACAGCAGACAGGUUAAAAACUGUGGACCUGAUGGUGCAGACGUACAGACUUCCUGGAGCUGUGGAGGUGACCAGGAAGAUUUUAGAGAAGAUCAACAGGAACGACCUGGUGCAGAGUUUGUCUGACAGCAGCUCAGGACCAGAAGUGGAUGUCAGUGAUGUUGGGGAGACUUCAGAGAACAGAGGACCUUCCUCCUCUCAGACUCAGCCUCCUCUUCCUCAGACUGAAGGUAAAGCUGCUGUGUUCUCUGAUGUGAUGGUUCCAGUACCAGAGCCACAUCCCAUCAAAUAUUACCAACAGAUGCUUCAAUCAAACUUCCAGGACAAGUUCAUGUGUGCACAAGAAGGGUGGGCAGAAGAUAAAGAGCGUCUGGUUGAUAUCUACACAGAGCUGUACGUCACAGCUGGGGCUGACGUCCAUAUCAACACACAGCAUGAGGUCAGACAGAUUGAGAAACCAGGGAAACCAGCAGAGACAGAGAAACCAGUUAAACCCAGUGACAUGUUCAAACACCCCUCUGGAGAAUACAGACCCAUAAAAACAGUGCUGACCAAUGGAAUUGCAGGAAUUGGAAAAACGUUCCUUGUGCACAAGUUUGUGUUGGACUGGGCUGAAAAAAGAACCAAUCAAGACGUUCAUCUCAUUUUCCCCUUCACCUUCCGUCAGCUGAAUUCACUGAAGGGAGAAAAGUUUCGUUUGGCAGAGCUCAUUCAUGAAUGUAUCCCAGAAACUAUAGACAUCAAAGAGGAAGCUCUUAAUUUCAUCUUUCAGACUCUACAGUCAUCAGGAAACACCAACUAUGACAAGAGCAAAUUCAAACUUCUGUUUGUGUUUGAUGGACUGGAUGAGAGCCGCCUUCAUCUGAACCUUAAUGUCAAUGAUCUUCACUCUAUUGAUGUAACAAAGUCAACUACAGCAGAUGUCCUGCUGAGGAAACUCAUCAAUGGGAAACUGCUACGCUCUGCUCGCAUCUGGAUAACCACACGACCUGCAGCAGCCAAUCAGAUCCCUCGAGAGUUUGUCAACAUGGUGACGGAGGUCAGAGGGUUCACUGACCCACAGAAGGAGGAGUACUUCAGGAAGAGGUUCAGAGAUGAGGAUCAGGCCAGCAGGAUCAUCUCCCACAUCAAGACCUCACGAAGCCUCCACAUCAUGUGCCACAUCCCAGUCUUCUGCUGGAUCACUGCUACAGUUCUGGAGGAUGUGUUGAAAACCAGAGAGGGAGGAGAGCUGCCCAAGACCCUGACUGAGAUGUACACCGAAUUCCUGGUGUUUCAGAUCGGUCGGACAAAAGAGAAGUACGGCCCAGAAAAGUGCCUUCAGCACAUGAAGUCAUUAUCAAAACUGGCUUUUCAUCAGCUGGAAAAGGGCAACCUGAUCUUCUACCAGAAAGAUCUGACAGAGAGUGGCAUUGAUUUCAGUGAAGCCUCAGUGUGCUCAGGAGUGUUCACAGAGAUCUUUAAAGAAGAGCGAGGAAGGAAAGAGAAAGACAAGAUGUUCAGCUUUGUGCAUCUGAGCGUUCAGGAGUUUCUGGCUGCUGUUUAUGUGGAGGAAUCACUGAUUAACAGAAACAAAAAUGUGAUGUUUUCACCACGACCAUCACUCCGAAAUAUACGACUGCUUUUAAGCAAAACAUCGUCAGCAAAGAUCCACAGGACUGCCAUCGACAAGGCCUUACAGAGUCCAAAUGGACACCUGGACUUGUUCCUUCGCUUCCUCCUGGGUCUUUCACUGCAGACCAAUCAGGACAAACUACAGGACCUCCUAAACAGGACAGACAGUAGCUCACAGACCAAUCAGGAAACAGUCCAGUACAUCAAGAAGAAGCUCAGUGAGAAUCUGUCUCCAGAGAAAAACAUCAACCUGUUCCACUGUCUGAAUGAACUGAAUGAUCGCUCUCUAGUGGAGGAGAUCCAACAGUCCCUGAGUUCAGGACGUCUCUCCACAGAUAAACUGUCUCCUGCUCAAUGGUCAGCUCUGGUCUUCAUCUUACUGUCAUCAGAAAAAGAUCUGGACGUGUUUGACCUGAAGAAAUACUCUGCUUCAGAGGAGGCUCUUCUGAGGCUGCUGCCAGUGGUCAAAGCCUCCAACAAAGCUCUACUGAGUGGCUGUAACCUCUCAGAGAGAAGCUGUGAAGCUCUGUCCUCAGUUCUCAGCUCCCAGUCCUCUAGUCUGAGAGAUCUGGACCUGAGUAAAAAUGACCUGAGGGAUUCAGGAGUGAAGCUGCUGUCUGUUGGACUGAAGAGUCCACACUGUUCACUGGAGUCUCUCAGGAUGUCAGGCUGUUUGAUCACAGAGGAAGGCUGUUCUUCUUUGGUUCCAGUUCUCAGCUCAAAGUCCUCUAGUCUGAGAGAUCUGGACCUGAGUACCAACAACCUGAAGGAUUCAGGAGUGAAGCUGCUGUCUGUUGGACUGAAGAGUCCACACUGUUCACUGGAGUCUCUCAGUCUGUCAGGCUGUCUGAUCUCAGAGGAAGGCUGUUCUUCUCUGGUCUCAGCUCUGAGAUCCAACCCCUCCCAUCUGAGAGAGCUGGACCUGAGCUACAAUCAUCCAGGAGACUCAGGAGUGAAGCUGCUGUCUGCUGGACUGAAGGAUCCAGACUGGAGACUGGACACUCUCAGGGUGGAGCCUGGUGGAGUCCGAUGGUUGAGACCAGGUCUAUGGAGGUAUUCCUGUGAACUGGAACUGGACACAAACACAGUGAACAGAUUCCUCAAACUGUCUGACAACAACAGGAAGGUGACACAUGUGAGAGAGGAUCAGUCACAUCCUGAUCAUCCAGACAGAUUUGAUCACUGGUAUCAGCUGCUGUGUAGAACUGGUCUGACUGGUCACUGUUACUGGGAGGUUGAGUGGAGAGGAGGAGUUGAAAUAUCAGUGAGUUACAGAGGAAUCAGAAGGAAGGGAAACAGUAAAGACUGUGAGUUUGGAAUGAACGAUCAGUCCUGGAGUCUGUUCUGUUCUGAUGAUGGUUACUGUGUCUGGCACAAUAACAUAAGGACAUCCAUCUCCUCCUCCUCUGUCUCUAACAGAGUAGCAGUGUAUGUGGACUGUCCUGCUGGCUCUCUGUCCUUCUACAGAGUCUCCUCUGACUCUCUGAUCCACCUCCACACCUCCAACACCACCUUCACUGGACCUCUGUAUCCUGGGUUUGGGUUCUGGUUCAGGUCUUAUGGUUCCUCAGUGUCUCUGUGUUGAAUCAGAGUCUCCUCCUGUCAGAGAAACUUUCUCUCUGUUGAACAGAGAGAAAGAGAACGUCACUCACACGUUUUCAUGUAUUAAAUCAGUUUCUUUUUGAAACUCUUCUAAAUGAUUCCUUGUGAACUUCUUCCUCUUCCAGUCCUUUAAAGGUGGAAGCUGCCAUUAUUACAGGAUAAACAUGUUAAUGGCUUUUAGUUUAUUUAAGAUCAUGACCAUAAUUGUCUUUUCACAAUAAAAGCAUCACUGUAAAUAUCAGUGGCCAUAUGACAUAAAAGAAAAUGGGACUCAUGGGACCAGACCUCUACCAUUGUCUUUCUACACCCGACAGUAGAUGUGACAUUGAUGCUUUUUAAAAGCAUGUAUAAAGACUGGAAACAGUGUGUUUCAGAGUAUCAGAGUGUGUGGUCAUCUCAUCAGCUGUUGUCAGGUGACAAACAGAAAGUGGUGUGCUGGUACCAUUUUUCUGGAGUGACAGCGAGAGGAGAUACAACAGAUUAAGCCUCAAAGAAAAACCAAAACUGCACCAAUGUGGCAACAUUUCAGAUCCACCAAAAGACAAAAAACAUAUAUGAGACAACGUGAACACUGCAGGUGUUUUCAAAAGGUUAUGAUAUGUCUAAUUUACAUCUCUAAGUGUGAAAAUAUCAGCCCCACAGGGAAAGGGGGACAGUCCUCUGGACCUUGUCCUUCAACACAACUAUCAACAGAAGCAACAUUUACCAAGAACGCAACAUGUAAAAGAGACUGUCGUCCUGCUAAUUGUGGAGGUUUCUCACUCUUAUUCGGAGUCAUGGACUUAAUGUUCACUGUUAUGCUGAUGAUACCCAGCUGUAUGUGCCUAUAAAAGCUGACAAUGCCUCUCAAAUUAGGGAACUAGAGAUCUGCUUGUCUUCUGUGAAAAGCUGGAUGUCUCGAAACUUCCUGCUUCUUGACUCAGAAACUGAAAUGCUGGUUAUUGGCCCGGCAUGAUAUAGACACCAGUUUGAUCAAGUAACUAUAUCCCUUGACAACUGUGUGAUUUCUCAAAGUACAACAGCCAAAAAUCUGGGUGUCACACUUGAUCGUACUCUUUCUUUCGAUCAGCAUAUUAAAGACAUUACAAAGACCGCCUUUUUUCACCUACGCAAUAUAGCUAGGAUUCGGUCUUUUCUUUCCAUGGCAGACGCUGAAAUUCUAGUCCAUGCCUUUGUUUCUUCUAGACUGGAUUACUGUAAUGUUUUGCUUUCGGGCCUACUGCCUACUAGCACUAAAAGUCUGCAAAUGGUUCAGAAUGCUGCAGCUAGAAUGCUGACCAAAUCGAGAAGGUUUGACCACAUUACUCUGGUUUUAGCCUCCCUUCAUUGGCUCCCUGUUCAUGUUAGAUCAGACUUUAAAGUUCUCUUAAUGACCUAUAAAAUUCUAAAUGGGUUAGCCCCCUCAUACCUGUCUGAUCUUUUUAACCCUUAUAUUCCCUCCCGUGCUCUGUGUUCUCAGAGUGCAGGGCUGCUGUCUGUCCCCAGAGUUAAAAAGAAGUCAGCAGGCUGCAGGGCCUUCUCCUAUCGGGCCCCCUUCCUCUGGAACAACCUCCCUAGUGAUAUUAGACAGGCUGACUCAGUUCAGGCCUUUAAAUCCAAACUAAAAACUCAUCUUUUUGCCUUAACUUUAGACUAGCAUAUUAUUCUGAUUCCUAUUUCAGGAUACCAUUUUUCCCUCAGCGGGUUGGGUCAGUCUCAAUGCAUCAGUUAAGCUUAGUAGUUAGUAAAUGUUGUCCAUGAUGUCCUGCUGAUGAGAUUACUAUUAACUGUCUUAAUAUCACUGCAUCACUUUAACUGUGUGUUCUUCCCUCAAGCACAUUACUGCCCAGGCUGUGCUUCUCUCUCUCUGCUAAAUAAAUUCAGGCCUCAUUGUGUUUUCAGAAAAUUGGUGUUGCUGUGUCUUUGAAAACAAAAAAACAGAAUCCCACAGAAACUUGAUAUUUAGACUGACAUUAAUUUAGAUGUACAGCAUUUAAAUGGCCCUCUGUAAUCCUGACAUAAAUAAUAAGACCUGAAAGCCUCCAGUCUGGAUCCUACAGUCCAGCAGACAGCUGCUUCAUUCCUGAGUCUCCUGGAUUUGUAGUUCAGUUCAGUUUACUCAUAAUCCAUUCAGUCAUUCAGUACCUGAAUGUACCUGUUUUUGUCUACCUGUAGGUGGCAGCAGUAGGUGGCAGCAGAGCACAGCCCAGUGCACACUGACCUGUUUUUAUUUGUUAUUUAUUUGUGGGCAUUUAGCUAAGUGUGUUUACGUGGCUCUGAUGGACAAAGAGGAGAGUUCAACCCUCACUCAUGUUCAUUUAUCACUGACACUUUCCUCCACAGGUGAGGACCUUUAAAAAUGUAAUAGUGUCCACCUGAACUUCCUGUUUCUCUCUGUUUCUGAUUGGCUUACAAUGACUACUCCAGCAGUGACCUCACCUCAUUGGUUAACGACGGCUCCCUGGAACCAAUCAAAGAACAGGUCAAGAACGUGGAGGCCAGUGAGAGGACGAACCUUGAUUGAUUCAGUGACCUUCCCUCCAGCAUCAGGACUCGUAAAGCUCCUGUACUGGGAGACUUUGGGUCCUUCAAUCAUCUGAGGGACCUGCCUGAUACUGUGUAGGUCCCCAAAAGAACAGCUCUGACCCAUCACAGGAUCUCUGUCCAGUGGAUCCUUUGGCUUUUGGCUUGUUCUGGAAUCAUCCCACAGAUCCUGGAUCAGAUUGGGAUCUGGGGAGUUUGGAGGCCAGGUCAACACCUUGGGCUCUUUGUCGUGUUCCUUCAGGGUGUUAAUGAAGGAGCCGAGGUUUCUCAGCACAACACAGGAUUGUAAACCAGAUAAUCAAUGUUGUUGGUUUCUGCUCUGACCUGUUACAGCACAGAUCAGAAACGACCAGGCCGAGUGGGAAAGGAGAGCAGGAAAAAAACAGUGGGUCUCACAAAUGGCUGCAACUUGAAAGAACAUCUGACAUCUCCGACAUCUCCUUGAACGCAGCACUGAGGGGGAGUCUCUCUGCAGCAUCCAGUAACUGGGCUAAUUUGAUUCAUUCUCAUGUAUUUCCAGAGCAUCUUCUCAUCACUUUUUAAUGUGCUCUUCACAUUAAAAGCUUAGCCUAGAUAAAGUUGGGUCAUUAAGAUCAGAGCAUGCACUUCACUGCUGCUACGAUCACUGCUGUUCUAAUAAUAAAAACAUCUAUUAACAGGCUAAAUCCAGCAUAUCCACGCCUCCUUCUGCUGCUAAGUUUGAUUCUUUUUCCUGUUCGUAGGUAAGAUGGAGGAUUAUUGUCAUUACUGGGAGAGGAAACUCUUUAAGUCAAAAUUCUGUAUGUAAAAUAUGCAAAGUAAACAUAUGACACUCAUUUAAUUUUCUGUGACUCGUGUUGUGAACAUCAGUGCAGUGGCUCUAAAAGACACAAGAGCAAAAUCCAACUAAAGCAAUGAGCUGUGUUCUCAGUGAACGUCUCAGAACAGGUGAAAGGAGCUUUAUAAAACCUGAUGAUGACUGACUGAGCUGUGUUCAAACCUGCGGUAAAAUAAACACACACCUGUGACAGCAGUAUAUCAGUAUUACUGCAUCAUUCAUUCAUCCAGUGCACAAAAACCUGCAGAUUUCUGUGGAGAAACAGCUCUCACUGCUGCCGCCCAGUCCUCCACCUUUUAUCUCACCCACAGAGGAUGAACUACACCAACCAUCUGAACUCUGACCGGAGCUCAAACUACAACCAGCUGAACCAGCAGAGAGGAGCUGACAUCACUGAACACUACACCUGCACAGGUGAUGGUCAUAAUCAGCCCAGCCUUCAAACAGACAACUGAACUGAGGAGCCACACUGGUGGAAGAAAGAUGAUUUAUUAUCAAUAAAUUACUGACUUUUUGAUG